AGACCGGCAAGAAUGAGCUGAAACUCAUGUUGGGCCGACAUGAUGUGUGCAGUGCGAGCUCUCAACUCGACAGAAGCGUCCAGGCAACGAGUCUCGGCCUACGGGAAGAAACGCGUAUAAAUAUGCCAGGCACUCCCGCGUUCCACUGGGAUUCACGAUGACAAGUUUCGUAGUGCUCAGACCAGCCAUCACUUAAGCUUCGGCCCAUCGUACUAUCCCACAAUGCCUCGCCUUCAGAGUUCCCUCUUCGCCACUGCAACGCUCGUUGCAACCGCGCUCUCCAGUCCUACUCCUGUCAUGCGCAGGAGUGAGCCUAGCACCAUCACGCUCACGGAGGCCCCUCUUAUCACCGAGGUGGUGCCUUAUUUCACCGAAACCGAGACCACCAUCCAGAAUCCAGGGACUUACACUCUCGGGGUCGGCUGCCUCAGUAUCCUCGGCGUGGAAUGCUUGGUUGAAGUCAAAGACAUCCCGGCGCCGACCGUGGUCACCCUCACCGGCGUCGGAACGAGGACGACAACGUAUACGCCGUCUACGUCCACCACGUUCACGUCGACGACGUACGAUGCGGGAUGCGAUUGCCUACUCUCCAAGGUGUUCUGCUGGCUUCCCCAUCCGACUCACCCCACCGUGACCUCUACGACAACGCCGGCACCCGUGACCCCGACUGUUACGACGACCUCGGUCACCGUCACCGAGACUGCCACCGCGUCGUGCUCCUCGGUGCCGGCCCCGACCCCGACCCUGUCUUGCGACGAAUACGGGUAUCUCAUCCAGGUCGCGACCCUGUAUCGCGUCGAUCUGGUGACGGGCGAGUUCACGACGGUGCGGCAGAGCGUGGGCGACGGGUCGUCGAUCAACGCGAUCGCGUACAACACGCGCGACAACUUCCUGUACGCGCGGCAGGGCGCGGCCAACCGCAUCCUGCGCAUCUCGUCGGACGGGUCCUCGGAGGUGAUCGGGCGGCUGCCGGACUCGAGCUCGUACAACGUCGGCGACAUCGACUCGAGCGGGUACUACUGGUACGGGAGGGCCGGGCAGAACUGGCACCAGCUGGACCUGAUCCCGGGGUCGCCGACGUACGGGACGCUGGUGGCCAACGGGACGACGGACAACCUCGGGCUCGGCAUCGCUGACUGGGCGUACAUCCCCGUGGCGGGGCCGUACCUGUGGGCGGCGACGACGAGCUCUCGGGCGGGCGAGACGACGCUGUCGCGCUUCCGCCUCGAGAGCAAGACCUGGGAGGUCGUGUCGCGCCACCCCGGCAUGGGCAACCGCGGCUGGGGCGCCGUGUACGGCAUGAACAACGGCACGCUCUUCGCGUCGGACAACCUCAGCGGCCAGAUCUGGGCCUUCCCCGUCCUCCCCGGCGGCGGCAGCCCCUACCUCGCCUCGAACGGCCCGCGGUCCGGCCAGAACGACGGCGCCCGCUGCGUCUUCAACCUGCUGACCAACUAGGCCAGGGCCGCGCGUGGCCCCGGCGGAGGACGGGAUCGACGGCGUGUUGGGAGUGGGAGGGGCUCCGGCCAAUAGCGACUAAACUUCUGCGCCUGCUGAAUAGCUAGCGUUAGCUGCAGCGGAGACGAAUAUUAAUCAAGAUGUGAAUGGAUUAGGAUUGAUGGGCAAGGCAACGGGUGCG